CAGUUUCCCCACCUUGUUUCUGAAAACAAAUUAUUUCUUCUAGAUUAUGAAUGGAAAUCUAGAAAUCAUUCCAUUUAAAUCAAGCUUUAGAUCUUGAAAAAACUUCCCUGAGUUUUGGUAUAUGUUAAGUAAUGUAAAAGAUGGCCUUUAAUUAUUUUAAAUACAAGAUUUUAUCUGACUAUUUUAUCUCACUCUUCAGCCAGUAUAGAAAAUUCCCCUCUCAUGUAAACUGUGUAAAAACAAAAGCCACAAACUCAAACUGGGACCUGUGAAACAGCAAUUAUUGACAAAACAGGCAAUAAGAAGAUCUAAUCGAAAUGUAAAAAUAAGUAUAAAGUAUGGAAAUGUAAAAAUAGUCAUACAAGGAAAUUUUCAUAAAACAAGUGAAGAAAAUUUUCAAGAGAAUGAAGGAACUUCAAAAAAGCAUGUAUGGAGGGAAUUAAAUGAGAUGAAAAUUCUGAUUACAUUUAAAUAAAAUAUGUUUAGGCAUGUUAAAUUUUAUCUUAAUUGUGUUCUUAUACUGUGUAAUGAAAACUAGGUUGCCCCCCCCCGGGUUUAUUUCAGUUGCAAUUCAUUUAUUCCUCCCCCCUUUUUUUUUAAUUUGUGAGUUUUUUUUAAUUUGUGAGUUUUUUUUAAUUUGUGAGUUUUUUUAAUUUGUGAGUAUAAUUUGUAUAUCUUGAUGUAUUUAAAAAGCAGAUUAUAUUCAUAGUAAUGAGUUUUUGACUUAUAAUUAGAUAUGUGUACUGUUAACAUCUUAUGCUUUGUAUUUCAUUGAUUACCAAAGAGCUAUUUAAGUUUUAAAUGAAUGUCUGGCUUUUUGUAUAACCUUUGUAGAUUUCUAGGAAGUUUUUGAAACUUUUGCUCUAAACUUCAGAACAUUGCUAAAUGUGGUUAUCAGUCAAAAAUCACCAAAGAUAAUUUUGAAGAUAUUCAAUAUGAAAAAUUAUUUGGCAAAACAUUUUGCCACCUUUAGCCAUUCAGCAUCUAAACAUUUUGGGUAGUAUUGCCAAUAAGAAAUUAUCAAAAUUUUUACCUCUUUUUACCUCCUAAGUUUUUCUUUUCUACAAACUCUUAAAUAUGCUUAAUUUGAUUUAGUGAUAGAUUAGACGUAGCAAAAUUAUGCUAUCAAAAGUUUUAAUAUUAAUACAUACCUUCAAAACACAUUCAUUUGUAUGACUUAUGAAAGCAUACUUCUUUAACUUUUAGCUUUAAAAAUGUUAUAAUCAUUUGCUAAACAUUAGAUGUGUUUGAUUUUAUACUUUUUUAAAAUUCUUUUCAGGUAUAUCCUGGGAAGGUUCAGCCAUUUAUGUUACAGCAUCAAUAUCUGAGUUUGUAGAUUGGCAGUCUUCAAAAACAAAUAAUUUAGAUAACUCAAAUCCCUUUUAUUCAUUUUGCAAAAACGAUUAUUGGGCUUACUCCAGUUAUAAUUACAUGCAUUUUACAUUUGAUGAUAAUUCAGAAAUAUUAAAGGCUGUGAAUUGGGGAACAUUUGGAUUACCUGAAGAACCUGGAAAUGAAAGUGCGUUUUGGUUAGGAAGUAUGGGAGCAUAUACACCUUGCCAUUAUGAUUCAUAUGGGUAUAAUGUGGUAGCCCAAAUUCUAGGAAGAAAAAAAUGGGUGCUUUUCCCACCCGAAGACAGUGCAUUUAUGUAUCCUUCAAGAAUACCAUAUGAAGAAUCAACAGUCUUCAGUGCAAAUUCUCAUCCACAUAUUGUGAUUUUAAAUCCUGGUGAUGCUUUAUUUGUGCCGAAGCACUGGUGGCAUUUUGUCUUGUGCAUGGAUGAUGUCACUGUCAGUAUUAAUAAUUGGAUAAAAUUGGAUUCUGAUCAUGAAAGUAGGCUUGAAGAGAGUGUGACAAGAGCAUUAAUGACUAGUCUUAUUUCAUGUUAUGAACCAAAAGGAGAAUCUUGGUUGAAUUUGAAAGAGGAUCUUAUGCCACCAGAUGUUACACUGGAUUGUUUAACUGCAGCUUUGGAUGAAUGGAAUAAACAGACUGUUGAAAAAUUCUCAACUGUAAUUAUGAAUGAAAACAAUAUUAUGCCAAAAUUAGCUAAGACUUCCACAAAAUGUGAUGUGCAUUGUUCUUCUGUGAAUACAAACAUACAUCAUAUUUUUAAGCAUUUUGAUUUUCAGUAUGUGAAACCUACACCAUUUUCUGAAUGGUUAAAAAUAGAUACAAGUAAUGUUUCAUCAUCAUCAGAAUUGAAUUUAAAAACUAUCAUAAAUAGCUUUGUUCAUCCUGAUGUCAUUUCUGUAAUUUGCAAGAAUCUUAAAAAUGCUGUUAAUAAAACUGAAUAGGCAUUUCUUUUGAA